AUACACCCUUGCUUGCUCACACAUCUGCUGCUGCUUCUUCUUCUCUCCUGUCUGCUAGUCUUUCUAGAUUUGCGCCUUUAAUCUCGCUGUUUCUUCUCCUUUUGGGAUGAGGGGCUGCAAGGCUGGACGGGUCUGUGCUCGGAUGCUUCGCUGAGACCUGUCCGUAUCUUUCUCUUUCCCUUUUCCAUCCCUCUACCUCUGUCAGCUGCGAGAACUCACGUUAAGGUGUGUCCUGGCCCUCGGCCCUCUCUGUGGAUGUCUGUCACCAUGGCGAAGUUUGAGACCGGCCGCACAAGCCCAGUGGUGCGCCAGAUAGACAAGCAGUUCCUGGUGUGUAGUAUCUGUCUGGAUCACUACCACAACCCUAAAGUACUGCCCUGCCUGCACACCUUCUGCGAAAGGUGCCUACAGAACUACAUUCCCUCUCAGUCUUUGACACUGUCCUGCCCGGUGUGCAGACAGACUUCCAUCUUGCCUGAGAAAGGUGUGGCAGCACUACAGAACAACUUCUUCAUCACAAACCUCAUGGAGGUGCUGCAGAGAGACCCAGAAUGUUCUCGACCGGAGGCCUGUAGCGUACUGGAGUCUGUCAGCGCAGCAGCCGCUGGGAAACCGCUCUCCUGUCCCAAUCACGAGGGCAAAGUGAUGGAGUUUUACUGCGAGUCGUGUGAGACGGCCAUGUGCCUGGACUGCACAGAGGGGGAACACCGGGAGCAUGUGACCGUUCCACUGCGGGAUGUUCUAGAACAGCACAAAGCAGUGCUAAAGAACCAGCUGGAUGCUAUACGCAACAGGCUGCCCCAACUAACAGCGGCCAUUGAGCUUGUGAACGAAAUCUCUAAACAGCUGAUCGAGAGGAAGAACGAAGCAGUCAAUGAUAUCAACAUGACAUUCGAGGAGCUCGAGAAGGCACUGCACCAACGCCAGGCUGCGCUCAUCACCGACCUGGAGAACAUUUGUAGCACCAAGCAGAAGGUGCUUCAGGCACAGUUAUCCUGUCUUCUGCAAGGAAAAGAGCACAUCCAGAACAGCUGCAGUUUCACUGAGCAGGCCCUGAACCACGGCAGCGCCACCGAAGUCCUGCUGGUCCAAAAGCAGAUGAGUGAGCGGGUGAGCGCCCUAGCCUGCCACGACUUCCCCGAACGGCCGCACGAGAACGCCCACUUGGACUGCCAGAUAGAGACCGAGGGUUUGCGACGCUCCAUCCAGAACCUGGGCGUCCUGCUGACGACGGGCGCCGUGGGACACACCAGUGUGGCAACGGGAGAAGGGCUCAGACACGCCCUGGUCGGUCAGCACGUGACUGCAACUGUUACCACUAAGGAUAAGGACAGUGAUCUUGUGCGGACCGGUAACGCGGACCUCAGAGGGGAGAUAACGGGGCAGGACGGAGUGCGGGCGGUGGAGGUGGAGGUCGUGGACAAUAAAAACGGAACGUAUGAGGUAGGGUACACGAUUAAGAGCGAAGGGGAGUACUCGUUCUCUUUGAUGCUUUAUGGACAGCCCGUGCGGGGCAGCCCGUUCAGACUGCGGGCGAUAAAGCCGUCAGAUGUGCUCCAGUCUCCGGAUGAUGUGAAGAGGAGGGUUAAAUCUCCUAGCGGGACAGGAGGACACAUCAGGCAGAAAGCCGUACGGAGACCCUCCAGCAUGUACAGCACCACCAAAAAGAAGGAAAACCCCAUAGAGGAUGAGCUGAUUUACAGAGUGGGCUCUCGGGGGAGGGAGAAGGGAGAGUUCACUAAUCUACAGGGCAUCUCUGCUUCCACUAAUGGGAGGGUCAUUGUAGCGGACAGCAACAACCAGUGUAUACAGGUGUUUACUAAUGAUGGCCUGUUCAAAGCACGGUUUGGGGUCAGAGGUCGUUCCCCAGGACAACUGCAGAGGCCGACAGGAGUGGCAGUCGACACGAAUGGAGACAUUAUUGUAGCUGAUUAUGAUAACAGAUGGAUCAGCAUCUUCUCCCCUGAUGGGAAAUUCAAGAAUAAGAUCGGUGCUGGCCGUCUGAUGGGACCCAAAGGAGUGGCUGUGGACAGGAACGGUCAUAUCAUCGCAGUGGAUAAUAAAGCUUGCUGUGUGUUCAUCUUUCAGUCUAAUGGCAAACUAGUGACCAAGUUUGGAGCCAGAGGCACUUCAGACAGACAGUUCGCAGAAAAAAGUGGUGCAAAGUUUGCACUGGAGCAAAAGUUUAGUAAAUCUGGCCCUGGGUUCAGCCCGCACUUUGUUGCUGUCAACAACAAGAAUGAAAUUGUGGUGACAGACUUUCAUAACCACUCCGUCAAGGUCUACAGUGCAGAUGGGGAGUUUUUGUUUAAAUUUGGGUCCCAUGGAGAGGGAAACGGCCAAUUUAAUGCACCCACAGGGGUCGCUGUUGAUGUUAACGGCAACAUCAUCGUAGCAGACUGGGGCAACAGCAGAAUACAGGUGUUUGAUAGCUCAGGCUCAUUUCUCUCCUACAUCAACACAACUGCUGACCCACUGUAUGGGCCGCAGGGUCUCGCUUUAACCUCCGACGGCCAUGUCGUGGUGGCCGAUUCUGGUAACCACUGCUUCAAAGUCUACCGAUACCUGCAGUAACCCCUUAGGCACUGCCACGGGGUGACACAAACUCUCCUGCAACUUCGGUUCACCACAGUUCGCAUAGUCAUAUCAGCGAAACCCUCAGCCAAACCAGAAAGAAAGAAUCGAAGGUACAAAAAGCACUUUUCUUUAAUCUUCUACUGAUUUUCAUGUUCCAAAACAAAAAAAUACUUCUGUACUAAACCAGGAAUGUUGAUUGUAAAUAACAGAAACCAUAUCUAUAAGCACAGAUUCUUAUUAGAAAUCAUGCAAGUUGUGUAUAAAUAAAAAGUGUAUGUAUAUAUACCCACACAGACAUUUUGUUAAUUGCAUCUUGAACCAAGAUUAUUUCCAAGAUUCCUUUCCCAUCUCGGUGAUUAACCUUCCCAUGACUGCAACAGUUGUGUAUUUGAAUUCUGUUACAUUCUGCAUUUGUAAAUAUAUACAAAUUGAUGUACAUAUGAACAUAAUUGGUGUAUGUAAUAUGUAAAUGACUCUGGUUUCUUGUAUUGUCAGCAUUUACCAGUGGGAUUUCAUUAUACCCAAGCUAUUCCGUGAGUGUUUUCAGCCAACUGGGUGUUUAAAUCAUUUAGACUGAACAUCUGAGCUGAUUAUCCCUCACAGAUAUCAAGAGCACAGGAAGUGAUGUGUAUCCCUGCUGUGCUCUCUCUCUGUCUGUCUAUCUCACACAUAAAAAAUAAUCAAAUCAAUUAACAAAAGAAGCUAAAAAAAGGACAUAUUUUUUUCCAUUCCAAAUUAUUUAUUUUUCUAAAGCACAAGGCUACUUUACGUGUUGAAAAAUCCAACAAGCAAAUAGAAAUAUAAUCAAACCCAAGUAUUUCAAGUAUCGGCCUGUUGUCUCCGUUUUUUAAUGUUCUAUAAAGAUGAUCAGCUGUAUGGAAUUAUAUCUCUUUCUGUAAAUAAUCAUGCAGAUGCCAGAUGUUCACAGUGUAGCAACCAAAUGUUGUCUUUAGUCAGUAUUAGUUUGUUCAUUUGUCUAUUUAUUUAAUGUUUUGUACACAUUUUCCUGAAUAAUUUGUGUCCAUCACCAGCGAAUGAUUUCAAAUCACCUCCCUUUAAUUGUGUGGAUAUUUCCUUUGUCUCUUUGAAGGUUUAUGUGACACCAUGUCUCCUUAAUAGGCUACUUGCUCUAUGUGAUACUGUAAGGUUAAUGAACGGUGGCUCACAGCUGAAACGGUGAACGUAUAUCUUAUAUCUGUGCAAGUAAUGUUUUUGCAUGUUAAUGAUUUUACCAGCAGUCUGAAUACGGUUUCUGCAGCAGAGAUACUUGUAAUGAUUUGCUAUUGCCAGGCUGGAAAUAAAAAAUACUUUAAUAGCCAAAAA